AUGGGCCGAGCGGUGAAGUGGGAGGAGGUGGUGGGGAGCGUGGCAGCGCGGCGAGACGUGCGUCUGGCAGUGCUGCACGCGCUGAGACGAAAGCGGGUGGAGGAAGCAGUUGAUUUGCUCUGCUCCCUCGCAGGUCUGGGGCUAUCCCCAAGGAAGCUAGCAGUGAGCGACCAGGUGUACCAAGCAUGCGUUGCCGCCUCCAACCUGCCCCUCGUGAUGCGCUUCAUCCUGCACCUGCCAUCUGCAAGUUCAGUGGAUUACAACAAGGCCCUCAAGGAGUGUGCCAGGCAGGGCAAGCUACAACUAGCAUUGACACUCUUCCACGCACUCAGGAAGGGGUGCAGAGCAGGAGGAAGUGGGGGUGGUGAUAGCAGCAGUAACAGAAGCAGCAGCGGUGGUACCAGGGAGUCACCUGGAGAAGAUUCGUUGCCACCUGGCGUUUCACCUGAGGUUUUACCUGAGGAGGGCGCGUUACCUGAAAUAGCACCUGGAGUGGAACCUGACAUGUUCACCUACCGUUCCAUGAUGGACGUGUGUGCAGCGUGCGGCGCAGGCACUACGGCUGCUGAAAUCAUUCAGGCUAUGGUGGAGGAGGACGGGGUGGUACCCAACACCUAUGUGGUCAACAGUGCUCUUAACGCGUGCAUCAGCGACUGGGACGCCACGUGGUCGCUCUGGUUCCGCAUGGAGCGUCUCGGUGUAAGCCCCGACGCCACCACCUUCAACACGCUGCUCAAGGCCUGUGCCGCCCACUGCCGCCCGGAUGCCGCCCAGCUGCUGUACGAGCAGCUGAGGGCGCUGGAGGAGCGAGAAGAACGGGCUGGAGGCAACCACAGCAGCAGGCAAGAUAGACGCAGCGUGCGCGCCAACGUGGUGACGUGGACGUCUCUGAUUGGUGCGUGCGUGCACGCGGGGUUUGUGGACCAUGCGUUUAGGGUUUUUGACGAGAUGGUGGGGUCUGGGUGUGAGGCGACCACUGCUGUGUAUAACCUGAUGAUCGACAUGUGCGCCGAAGCUGGGCUGGAGGAUCGGGCGGUGGCGUUGCUUCGGGAAAUGCAGGCUGGGGGGAGGAGCGGGAAGAUGAGGGUGGGGGAAGAGAGGGGGGAUGAGGAGAGUGGAGUGGAGCAAGAGGUUUCAGUUGUUGCUGCAUCGUCUCCCUCCUCCUCCACCACCUCUGCCUCCUCCUCCUCUCCUCCCUCCUCCCCCUCCAUCUGCGCCCCCGAUAUAAUCACAUUCAACACAGUCAUCAAGGCGUGCACAGGCAGCCCCCAGCGCGCGCGGGCGUUUGUGGGGGAGAUGCGAGCGGCAGGGAUAGCACCCAACGAGCGCACAUGGGUGGCACUCUUGGAUUGCCAUGGGACCAACGCGGAUACAGCUGCUGCUGUGCAGGUGGGUAUUCAUGUGUUUAUACUCUGGUGGGGAGAAGAGCGGGGUUAG